CCCCCAUUGACAUUUGUUUUUGGGACUACUAUAAUUAGAUUGCAAUAACAUUGGUUAGUCGGACUGACGCUUUCUUUGAGAUUGUUAGCUAAAAAUGCCUGAUCUAAGACCGUUACCAGAGGACUUGCAAAAAAUCGCCUGUGAAGAGCUAAAUGAAGUUCCCGAACGUAUUGAACAGGAUUUGCAGGAUUUUCGCCAAUGGAUUGAGAAACAACCACAUCUGAGGGCAAGGACAGAUGAUCAAUUUUUGAUUAGUUUCCUUAGAGGCUGUAAAUACAGCAUGGAAAAGGCUAAAUCGAAAAUUGACAAAUACUAUACCCUGAGAACGAAAUAUCCCGAUUUUUAUACCAUACAAAAUAUUGAUGAUCCCAAAUUUAUUGAGUUAUUCAAAUUGGGAGUUGGCCUGAGUUUACCCACCCCCUUAAACGAGAAUGGUCCCCGCAUCCAGUAUAUACGCACCGGCAUUUAUUCCCCAGAUAAAUACAACUUUGCCGACAUCAUGUGCCUGGCCAAUGGCACCCAUGAGAUGAGCAUGCGUGAAGAUGACUACUGUGUCGUCAAUGGUUAUGUGCAAAUUUUGGAUAUGGCCAAUUAUACUACCGCUCAUGCGUUGCAAAUGACUCCCACAGUGGUGAAGAAAAUGUCCACCUUUGCCGAAGAUGCCACCCCAUUGCGCCAGAGAGCUGUACAUGUUAUCAAUGCUCCGGCAAGUUUGGAAAAGCUCUUCAACAUGAUCAAGACAUUUUUGCCGGUCAAGCAACAGGAAAGGCUCUUCAUCCACGGCACCAAUUGGCAGGAGCCGCUCUUCAAAAAUGUCCCCCAAAAAUAUUUACCCAAAGAAUUGGGCGGCGAAAAUGGGUCGAUCAAUGAACUCAUACAAAACCAUUGGGAAAUUUUUCAGAAAUAUCGCGAUCACUUUCUUGAGGAGCAUAAAUAUGGUGUUGAUGAAAAACUGAGAGUUGGUCCUUCGGUGAACUAUGAUGAAAUUUUCGGCGUAGAAGGUUCAUUCCGUAAAUUGCAAGUUGAUUAAAAAUGGUAAAAGAAAAUACACAACUUACCAUCAAUGGUGGGGGAAUAUAUUUGGGGCGUUGGGCGCCAUGUAUAACAACUUGAAGAAAUCUUAAUAUUCUACCUAUGGAGCUAUAGUUUUCGGAUGUAUACACAAUAAAUUGAGGUAUAAUUUAAAAUAUAAAAAAAAACAAUAAAAACUUGACAACAUGGAAAAGAGCA